CACUGACAAAGACUUUUCUCGUCGAUUUCCUUCUUAGUUUCUCCCACAGCAUGGCAAACUUAGAGCAAGCAGAACAUGAGCCAAAACAUGCCAAAAUGUCCACCGAUGUCUCUGCUUUAAACAAGCAGAUACCAAACGGACACGCCGGGGCUUGCGGCGGUAAUAUAGACACGCUGCCAACACUCAUUCCGUCGUUUGCUGAGGCGUGCAAGUUGGUGUCCGCGCCGUACUCGUGUCUCGUCAUGGACACGCACAAAAGACACAUUGCUCUGUCGCCCAUGUACUUAAAGAAGAAACGGACAGGUAUCCAAGAGGAACUCAAUACUGAACUACUAAGAUACUCGGAAAGUCUGAAGGGUGUGCCUCUGGCCUAUGAUGAAGUCUGUGUACUGGGGCAGCAUGGGGACAUCUAUGACGACAGUGGAUACAUCCACCUUGACAUACAGGCCAACUUUGUUGUUUUCCAACCCCGGAAAGGACAGAAACUUCUGGGUGUAGUUAACAAGCUGAGUAUGAAUCACGCAGGCUGUUUGGUCCACGGCUGCUUCAACGCCAGCAUUCCGAAGCCAGCCCAUGUCACCGUGGAAACCUGGAGGGAUGCGGGGCCUAGGAUAGGGGCGGAGCUGGAGUUUGAGGUCUGCCAGUUGGAUGCAGACACUGUGGGAGUGAUCCUAAUUCGAGGACGUCUGCGCCGGACUCGGGUUCAGGAGCUGAUGGCGGCAGUAGAGAUUUCUGAUCCCAGUGACCCAGCAGAAACGCUGGAGGAGCCAUAUCCAGAAGUAGAACCAAGCCAGGACUUGCCCGAUGCGUCUGGGAAAGUCAAGAAGAAAAAGAAGAAAAAGGACAAACACUGCGUGGAAGAGGCUGCGAUACCACCUACCGACCAUGAGGUGGGCACUGUGAACGGAAUAGUGGAGGACAGCAGCACUAAUGGCCACAUAAAGAAGAAAAAGAAGGAGAAACGACAGAAAGAGGAUGAAUUGGAGUGUACAUCUUCUGGAGUUGUUCAGGGGAGUGACUCCAGUGGUUACCUUAGUGACAAGCAAUCCAGGAAGAGAAAACAUGGUGAUAAAAUCACGUCCUCCUGCCAAGACGACCCAGAAACACCGAAAAUCAAGAAGAAAAAACUAUGAUACAACUGCAACUAAAAGACUGAAGAAAAAUUAUGUUUUGGAGCUGAAUGAACAUCAACAAUGAUAAUGACGACUGUAAAGGAAUACCAUAAAAGGAUAUUUAUGUUUCUUGCGUGUUAGACCUACUUUUCCAUAUCCGUUUUAGUGUUGAAACAUCAAGGAAGUCGUUUCGGUCAGUGUUAAAUUUCUGAGAUUGAGUCUGCUUUUUAGUUGCGUGCAUGACCAAUAUACUGCAGUCGGUAAGCAGGGCAAGAUAUAUUCUUCAAAACUACACAACCAUUUCAGGUCUAUAAAGGCAUGUCUGCAAAAGCGCUUUGCCACUAUUAUAAUCAAAAAUGUGUGUAACUCAAAGUGUAUUUACCUCCUGCUUUGUCCUUGUAUUGAAAAUAAUUUAUGUCUGUGCACUGCCAGUCUCGCUCUGCCACUUACACAUAAAGAAUUUCUGAGCUUUCUGGGUGAUGUUUCAAUAUUAAAAUUAACUGGAAAAUUAUUUCUGAAUUGCUAAAAUACAAAAUAUCCCUUUAAGCAUACCACAGGUUUAUACACCCAAGUGUUUCAGUUAUAACUGUCAGAUUCUGUUGAGAAAAUUCAGACAGUUUCCUACCCGUUUCUUUCUGUUUGACCAAACAGGAAGGAGAAUAAGUUAAUUUGAAUCUCUGUUAAACUAAAUGCUUUACAAAUUAAAAAGGCUUUGAUUUGUGGAUAACUA